CUGCCAACGGUGUUCACUUUCUGUUCGUCUCUUUUUGCACUUCGUCCAUUACAGUUAAAACCAUGGCUGACACCGAAGAUCAGACCAAGAAGAAGCGUACCUUCCGCAAAUUCACCUUUCGCGGGGUGGAUUUGGACCAGCUGCUGGACAUGUCUAUGGACCAGCUUCUUGAGAUGCUGAGUUCCAGAGUCCGCCGUCGCUUCCGCCGUGGACUAAAGAGGAAGCAUAUGGCAUUGUUGAAGAAAUUGCGAGGAGCCAAGAAAGAAGCCAGUGAGAAUGAGAAGCCUGCUGUUGUCAAGACUCACCUACGUAACAUGAUCAUUGUUCCAGAGAUGGUUGGAUCAGUUGUUGGUGUAUACAACGGCAAAGUCUUCAACAGUGUUGAAGUCAAGCCUGAAAUGAUUGGACACCACUUGGGUGAAUUCAGCAUCUGCUACAAGCCUGUUAAGCACGGUCGGCCUGGUAUUGGUGCCACUCACAGCUCUCGCUUCAUCCCAUUGAAGUAAAUUGCAGUUGCUAUGUCACUAAGGUCAAUAAACAUCCUUCUUGGCCUGAAA